CGCCUGGCCGGAAGCGGAAGCGGGCCGGGUGCGCGGAGAGGGGCUGCCAUGGCGCUGUGGCUGCUGCUGCUGCUGCUGCUCGGCGCCGGGACCGGGGCCGGGGGUGCGGGGCGGGGCGCGGAGUUCUCCGAGGCCCGCAGCACCUCCGGGAUCGCUGAGGGAUCGCCGCCCGGUGCCCCUGAGCGGCUGGAAACCCGGCCCGGCGGGAGCCACGGCCUGCCCGGCGGGAACCGAGCGUGGGGGGAGAGCUCGGAGUCGUUGGCAGCCCACAGCAGAAAGGUAAAACGGGAUCAGCAGGCGGGUAACGGGGACCAGAGCAAUCCCCCGAGUGUCGGAGGCAACAACGGGGAGCCACAGAGCGACAGCACCCAGCACCAGGGCAACGACAACCCCAAUGACGAAGGUCGCCGGCAGCAUGGCAGCAGCACUGGUGGGCAACCCCAGAACGGUGUCAACAGCAACAGUCUCAACGGCAAAGAUGAAGAAGAAGGCAAAAAAGAGCAAAGUGGCGUCAGCAACACCGAGACACAGAAGAAAACCCAGCAGGGUGGCGGCAGCGAUGGUCAUGGCAGCAACGGGGAAGAAAACAACACUGAGCAGGACAAGAACAAGCAGGUAGACAGCACCCAGCAGCAAGGCAGCAACGGGCAGGGAAGUAACGACCAGCAGCAAGGCAGCAACGGGCAGGGAAGUAACGACCAGCAGCAAGGCAGCAACGGGCAGGGAAGUAACGACCAGCAGCAAGGUAGCAACGGGCAGGGAAGUAACGACCAGCAGCAAGGCAGCAACGGGCAGGGAAGUAACGACCAGCAGCAAGGCAGCAACGGGCAGGGAAGUAACGACCAGCAGCAAGGCAGCAACGGGCAGGGAAGUAACGACCAGCAGCAAGGCAACGGGCAGGGAAGUAACGACCAGCAGCAAGACAGCAGCAGCCAGGGAAAUGGCGGCCAGCAGCAAGACAACAACAGGCAGAACAGUGGCGGGCAGCAAAAUGGUGACCACCAGGAAGACAGAAACAAGCAGCAAAAUGAUGCCCAGCGGCAGGACGACAGGCAGCAAGACAAGGACCAGCAGCACGACAGCAAGCAGGAAAACAAGGACCAGCAGCACGACAGCAACAGGCAGGAAAACAGCAAAAAUGAGCAAGGCAGCAGCAGGCAGCAAACUGGCAACCACCAGGAAGGGAGCAACAUGAAGGAAAAUGGAAGCCAGCAGCACACCGACGGGCAGGAAAGCAGCGACACCAGCAAGCAGGGCACCGGCCAGAGCAGCACCAACAAGCAAGGCAGCAGCCAGGGUGCUCAGACGGGCUCAGAGAGAGAGAAAAACCCAUCGUCGCAGUCGUCUGUACCCCUUCGUGACAAUGAAGGCUCUCCAGACAGCGGGGAGCUCCAAGAGGAAGAGGAUGGGGGUAGGAACGGCAACGGGGGCUCCUCGGUUGGUAAGGGGAGAGAGAAGAGCGUCCCCGCUGCUCCCAGGGAGCAGUCGGAGAACAGCCACUUCUUUGCCUAUCUGGUGACCACGGCCAUCGUUGUCGCUGCCCUGUACGUCGCCUACCACAACAAGCGCAAGAUCAUCGCUUUUGCUCUGGAAGGGAAAAGAUCGAAAGGUGGUCGACGGCCCAAAUCUGGCGAUUACCAGAGACUGGAUCAAAAGAUCUAGAUUCCUCAGGUGCUGAAUGGAACAAGGAUGCCCGGCGCUGGAAUCCUGGGACCCCACCGACUGCCCUGCUGUAGCACUCUGAAUCGUAGCUUUGCUGUCGUCUUCGGACUUCAGAGAACAGGAAGGAGAAAUGCUUCUAGUUCUGCACCUGCACCUUGGUAACGUUAAACCUCUCACUUCCUUAAAAUGCAUUUCUCCUGCCCCAGCUGCCUGAAGGUGAGCUGCUUUUCCGCCCGGGCGUCCAGGCUCUUGUCUGUGGCCCGCGAAAAGCCAGCUCCCGGCACCUGGCAGAACUCCUGUGUCCGAAUGAAGUGGAAUCGGCCAUCUACUGUACUGACGUCUGCUCUUGAAAAAAAAGUCUGCCUGCGAAAUGAGCCAUCGGAUUGUCUCCUCUGAGUCCUAGAGCUGCCUUCGGAACCAGCACAGAGGUCUCUUCCUCUGCCCUUUCUAUUUGGAUGCUAAGGUUCGGAGCGAGGCUGAUUGCACUAGCUUGGAAAUCAUCCGCCACGGACCCUGAUUGGAUUUUCCUGCUUUCUUUCUGCCUGCGAUGAAGAAAAUGUCAGUCUGACAUCGAGGCUUCUCUGUAACGCGCUUCUUGGGAAGUGCUGGAGCUUGUCCCUGGCCCUUUUGCUGUAGCCUAAACUUCCUCUACCUGCCUCGUGGAGGUUGCUCUCCGCGCGGGUCGUUCCCUCGCAGUCUCCGCGGCUCGGGUGCUUGCACUGACGGUGCCGUUCGGUUGGAUGCUGUGAAGGGGCCGCUCGGGCUUACAGAGCCCUGUGCCAAAGCGCUGCGGUGAAGCUGUGGCAGACUCGAGAGACCGAUUUUCCUCCCUGCCGUAGGAUGUCGCCGUGUGGUAGCGCGAGCUGUGCGGUAAUCCGGCAGCGUUUGGGAUGAGCGAAACUUGCGGUCCUUCAGUCCCCUUCCUCAGAAACGCGGCGCUGAGGCCCGUGAGCGUUCAGCGCUCUUCUCUGCGGCGCUGAGCCAGCCUCUGUGCCGAUCGUGGGGCUCGCUGUGCCCGAGUCCUUGGGUCGGUUCCCGCUGAAGAAGCACGGCUCCGAGACCGCUGCGGGGUGAGGAAGCUGCCGGUCCUGGGACUGCACGUACGUGGGCGCAUCGCGGCGUGCUGAGCACCUCGUGGCUCACAGCACCGCCUCUGAAGCCGUCGCAGCCCACGGCGGGGCGCGCUGCCUCCACGCGGCUCCUGCGUGGAGGCGUCUCCCGAGCCGGGUGCCCUUCCCGUGGGAGGGAUCGUGGCUGCUCACGCGCCUCUGCCAGCCCCUGCUUUGAGAAGUUUUGUGUCGCUGAAUGCGCACACGGCCAGCUGCUUGGCGCCGAGCUGGUUGCCUCGGUAUCGCUGUGGAGCACUUAAACCAGGGCCCGGGAUGUACCGGUUGCAUUUCAGGCUGCAAAACGUGUUGAUUGCUGAGUUAGAGCUGUGACGCUGUUCUUAUUUUUGUAGUUCUACUCCAAAGAUGUUUGUUUGAGACAGGGCAUUUUGGGAGGGCGCGCGAAGUGCCUGCCAGCUUGUUAUUUUGUGCUUUUUUUUUUUUUUUCUUUCCCCGAUGUGGGCAGACAAAAGAAAGGCAUGACGCAUCUGGUGUUCUUCACACGGGGAAGCUUCCACGCCCGAAGCUCUUGCCGACCGUACGUGAGUCAUCCCCUUGCCGACUGACUGCACAGGAAGAAUCCUGUCCCCGUGCGAACCGCCGAGCUCGGGGGCCGAUUUCCCCUCCGCUGGCCGCAGGAGCGCCUUGCGGCGCGAGGCCUGCCCUCCUGCAGCCUCCCGAGGCUGCGGACAAACGGGGAUCUGCCUGCGGUCGCUAAAGAUGGUCACGUUGACAGGGGCCUGGUUUCCUUGCCUGGAGAUGAAAGCUGCAGCUCUAUUCUGUUUUUCUUGUGGCUCAUUCCUCUUGUAAGAGGGGAGAGGGGGGGCUACGUGCACAGCUUGACCCGCUUAAGAGAAAAAUCCUUUUUUUUGUUUUUGUUUUUCUUUUUCUUUUUUCCCUAGCUGUCAGCCAGCACAAAGGGAGAGUGGGAGAAAGUCCCUCUUGACUUUAAAUAGCUCCCAAGGUUUUCGUAGCGAACUUCUGAUGCUAAAAGUACUUGCAGAAGCUAUUUUGGUGAGCGGGAGUGUGAGGUGGGGGGAAGAGAAAGGAAAACAAGUCUGGGAACGUAACCCUGGAGGGACAUGCGCUGUCUGGGAGGGGUGGGAGCUCGCGCAACAAGGUGUCGCUGUUUCAGAGAUGCCGGCUGCGAAGUUGGGCGCGCUGUCGGGCGGCCGGUGUACGGACAGGAUGCGGGGUGGGAGGUGGGGGCUUCUGUCUAGUGCCAGCGGGGGGAAACCGUCUGCCAAGACGUGAAAUACCGCGUGCGUCUGAGCUGCUCCUUCCUGAAGUUUUAGAGUUUGUGCUGUGCUCCUGCUUUGUCCUGUUUUUUUUUUUUAAAAAAAAAAAAACAAACAAACAUUGAAGAAUAGUUUACAAAGGCGUUUUUACAACCUGCUUGCUUUUAUAUCCCACGAGCUUUUUCAGAUGUCUUUCAGUCCUCUGUCACUCCGAGUUCUGGUGGAAAUCCCACCCCCGUUGAGAGCACUGGGCUGUUGGUAGCAAGCUGAAGCUUCUGAUAGCAGGGCCGCUGUACCUCAGGCGUCUCAGUCGGUGUUCCGCUGUCAGGUUGUGCCGAGCAGAGCAGCACGAGCUUUUUACCAGGUUGCCGAGAUCAAACCUCACGUCUCUGCCGGAGCUGUCGCCUUGCUUGGUGGCUCUGGCAAAGCAGGAAGGCGCCGAGAGGCCGAGCCAGCACCGAGGGCAGGAGCCUCGGCCGGCAGAGCUCGCGCGGCAGCGGGGGACUCGCAGCUCAGCCUCCUCCUGCCCAGCAGCUCCCAGGUGCCCUCGGUUCCUGGCAGCAGCCUCCGUAACCCAACGGCGUGAAACCUCUGGGGAUGACUUCUGUUGAUUUCUGUUUUGUUUCGUUUUUUUUUUAAAUGGGAUUUGAAUUUAUGCAAUGUGUUUCGAACUGGUCAAGGUGCGUGAAACCUUUUCCCUUUGGACACAAGACGUUUUCGAAUGGAUGGUAUCUGUCGGUACGUAAUUUUUGCCAAACGUUCCUGUUAGGCCAGCUGCCUUGCCAGUUUGAAUCAGCAAAUGGUUUGUUUUCUGCUGCAGUGCAACGCAUCUUGCUUUGAAGGAUCAGAAUUUUUAUAUUUCUUUGUACUUUUUUCUGUGUGGUAAAGUCAAUAAAUGAUUUAAAAAAUACGCUGUUCUCACCUCUGGUUUUUUUUUUUUUGUGCAUGCGUUAUUUGCCUGAUCUAUGAAACCUGGCAGCGACGGUGCAGGUUAGUUCCUCCUUUUGC